AUGUCGCGAACGGCUCUUCGUACCUCUCCUCUUAAGCGUCUCAGCAAUGCAAGGGCCAAAACAUGUUUGCCUAUGCGACUUAUGUCUAACAGUACUCUGGCAGAGGAGUUCGCGCUCAGCCAUGGGAAGGGGUCCUGGGUGUGGGACGUUGAUGGCAAUAAAUACCUCGAUUUCAGUGCUGGGAUUGCUGUCAAUGCGUUGGGCCAUGCGGAUGACGGUGUUGUACAGGUCCUCGCUGAGCAAGCCGGUAAACUGCUUCACACGAGCAACGUGUACCAUCAUGAAUGGGCAGGCAAACUCGCUGAGCUCCUGGUGAUACUCACGGCCAAAGAAGGCGGCCUGGGGUUCGCCGCAGGACAGACACACCCGUCCCCUUCCAGCGCGAAGGUAUUCUUCUCCAACUCAGGAACGGAGGCGAACGAGGGUGCCUUGAAGGUUGCCCGAAAAGUCGGUAAAGAGAGAUGGGCAGCGGCGAAGCCAGGCCGCAAUUGGGACGAUGCGGCCUGCGAUAAGACGCGAAUACUGUGUUUCGAGCACUCAUUCCAUGGACGGAGCAUGGGAGCGCUGAGUGUGACGAGCAACCCAAAAUACCAAAAGCCAUUCCUACCCCUCAUUCCUGGGGUAGACGUAGGCACCUUCAACGAUUUUGCGAGUAUAGAGGCACUCAUCACGGAUCAAACUUGUGCAGUCAUUUUAGAACCGAUUCAAGGAGAAGGUGGCAUUGGGGUGGCGCAGACCGAAUGGCUGAAGGCAGUUCGCCAGAAGUGCGACGAAGUAGGAGCAAUUCUUAUAUAUGACGAGAUCCAGUGCGGACUAUAUCGGUCUGGGACUUUGUGGGCACAUUCAUCUCUGCCCGUCGAAUGUCAUCCGGAUAUAGUCACGAUGGCAAAACCGCUGGCAAACGGGUACCCCAUUGGAUCAGUUUUGCUCAGGGAUAGCGUCAGCGAUAGCAUGACCGCAGGAACUCAUGGAACUACGUUCGGUGGUUCGCCUCUUGCUUGUGCAAUUGGACAUCAUGUCUUGUCACGGCUAGCCGAUCGGCCCAUGGUCGCCCAGGUCAGCGAGACAAGCGCAUAUUUGAUGGGGCGUUUGAACCUGCUGCCGAAAUGGUUCCCGAAUAUCCUGCAGAGUAACGUCAGGGGACGUGGCCUAAUCCUAGGCCUCGGGUUCAAGGAUGCGACUAUCCCAGGGAAAGUCGUGAGUAUGGCCCGGGAACGGGGAGUAUUUGUUCUGACGGCCGGGAGCGAUGCGGUUCGACUUGUUCCGAGUCUGAACGUGAGCAAAGAAGAGGUGGAUUUCGCGGUGGAUGUAAUUGAAGGCUGCCUGGGAUCACUGUAA